AUGGCAUGGGUUUUACUUCCUGUCCCGAAGCAAGUUUAUGGUAGGCUACCACGGCGUUUCAAGAACAUGAAUAUCAGUACACAAGAUACAUCAUAUGAGGGAGGGGCUGAUGAAAGAGAGGAAAUAGCAAGGCUCUGGGAACAUAUACAAAAACAAGACCUGGUUAUUGAACAAUCGAGAAACCAACAAGGCAGUCAUGAGAACAAUGAAACAGCAAGGGAAAAUCACCAAGAAAACUUUGCCGACAAUUCGCAGACACACGUUGCGAAUUUUGUACGAAAGAGAGUUUGCAAUACGCCAGAUCAACAAGGUUUCCUCACUCGAGAAAGAGAGACAACAUUGAACAAGGAUACACUAGUAGAAAAUCAUGACAUGUAUACUGCUCAAAAGGACAAUGGAUUAGCACAUCAACAUGGAUCAUCAUCAAUACCACUCUCCACCAAUGGUUUUCUACAAGAGCUAAAUGUAGCAUCUAAGGAGUAA